AUGAGCAGUAACAACGUGGCUCAUGUCGCCUCUGUGGAUAAGGGUCUGAAAAUGAAGAUUAAACGCACUAAAGGGCCCAACAGGGUGGAGAGCAAACACGAGGUGGUCAAAUCUGACCCGCUGUCCAAGCUAGCGACUACGCUAUCUGGACAGUCUACGACAGUGACUAGCCUGUCGUCUACCUCUGUCCCACUGUCCAUCGCACUGUCUGCUGUGAAUGCCAACGGGGAACCGACCAUUUCAGCAGCUGGCAUGCACACUGCAACAGCUUCGUCGUCGUUAACUUUAUCAUCGACAUCAUCAUCAUCUAUAAUAUCAUCAUCAUCUACAAGUUCGUUCAUGCCAUCAUCAGGUACUAUGGUGGCAACGAACCCAACAGUUACACACCAGAAGGCUGGAAUUUUACCUCAUGGAUAUUCUAUCAGUAAUCCAGCCAAUUGCAGUAGAUCUCCCUUGAAGGCAAUUUCCUCUGCUACAUCCGGACAAGACUCAAAAGAGUUAAAAUCUCCCAAAGCGAAGGCAGCAUACAAUAAAAAGGCUAAAGACAAUAAAGGAAAAAUAGAUGGACCCACAGUUGGGUCUAAUUUCACAGCAAACGGACCCUGUAUACCAAAUGCAGAUACUAGGACUAGUAUAGGGAUCUCAAGUGGUAGCCAGGCCUUCAACCCUGCCCCUACGCCCUUCACCUCUCAGGCUGGAGUAAAUAAUUCCACUAUGACAUCAGAGCCUCGUCCUGGGGACACUGUGCAUGUCAAGAGGGAAAAUCCCGUCCAUGACCCUUAUGAGUUCAAUGCCAAAGUUGAGGAUAAAAUUGAACUACCACCUAAAAAAUUGAAAUUAGAAAAGACCGACUGUAUUGAAACAGCAAUAUCACCAGAUCCACAGCCUCAACAGCAUACAUCGCCGCCCAUCAUGCUCCACCCACCCAAACAACAGCAACAGCAGCUGCAACAGCAUCAUCAACAGCAGCAGCAGCAGACGCAGAAACGCAGCGUUGGCGUGGAUGUACGCAGUAUUGGAGUUCUUACGGAGCCGGAGUCGCUGGGCCCCUGUGAGCCUGGGACACAGGUGGGCCUGGAGGGCAUUGUGUGGAAAGAGACUGACAACGGAUUGUUAGUAGUCAACGUCACGUGGAGAGGUAAAACUUACGUGGGAACUCUUAUGGAUGCUACCAGAUACGCAUGGGCGCCGCCAAGACCCAACGGAUGCGAUUCUCCAGUCAGCGAUUUUGACACCAGAACACCCAAAGGCCGGGGUAAACGCAACUGUCGAACUUCUGUCCAAACCAACGAGAAACUUCCAGAAGGCAGGCGACUUCGAAAGGGACGCCGCGGGACUGUAAACAGCAGCAGCAGCAACUUCACUGCGCCGCCCAGUCCGGCUAAGUCAGACGUUAGUUGCAGCAGCAGCCUGAAAAGGCGAAAUAAACCCAAUGAUAUGGAUGGAGAUAAAGCCAAGAAAAGUCGCCCUUGUUCUCAUGGAGCAACGGGAGCAGAGAGUCCGACGCCAGAUGGGUAUAUUGUGUGUCCUGAACCUAACUGUCAGAAGAAGUAUAAACAUAUGAAUGGCUUGCGUUAUCACCGAACACACGCUCACCGUAAAUCAUCCCUUACAGAUGAUACUAAAGAUGAGGACGACGACGAUGAAGACGACGAGGAGAAGUCAGAUAAGAGGGAGAAGAUACCUAUGUCUGAAAGGUCAGAGAGAAUGAAGUUAAAGGAGAGACAGAGAAUGAAGGAGCAGCAGAUGGUCCCAGAUAGAGAUUCCAAAGAUUCUCUUGAUGAUGAUAUACCCUUGAAAGAGAUCGCAAGCAAAGCCACCGGUCAAGCUAAUGCCCACAAAACGGACGCUGUACGGGCUAGCAGAGGUGAAGAACUAAGUAACAGUAAUAAUGUUAGCAGUAGUUGUGAAGCAGAGUCAGCUGUUCCUUGUAAAACUGAUCCCCAAAUUCUAUUUCCUAAUAGUGAUGUGAGUGUACAGAAAGAACCAGCUUCUCCUGCUUCAUCUGCAAUGGGAUGUAAGACAAAAUACUCCGCUGUAGGAGAUAUUUCUGACUCCUCGCUUACUGUAGUGCCUUCAGUAUCGUCAAUUAGUGAAACUACACAUUCAACAGUGACGAAUAAUACCGGUAUAGAUUUAUCUUCCUUAACUACUGCACUGUCACACACGUAUAACUCUAUUUCUACAGUUCCACCGAGUGGUAUCUCGCUAGCUUCACAAGCGUCUCACAAUCUUAGCGUGGUCACAACUCAGACUUUACCUCUGAAGACGUCAGCUGCUCGCCAGACAAGUUCCACAACUUCCACUUCAGUUCUAGGUCUAACUAUGACCACAGACAAGCAGACUAACGGCAGACACUCCCAUUCAGUAAAGUCCAUUUCCUCUUCACGCCCCAUUGUACCGACUCCGUCCUCACAGAUGGCCGACGUAAACAGUCCAUUUUCACAAACUGUGAACUCUGGUUUGUUUUCGCACGGGCAUACACCCACGCUGAAACCAAUCCAGCCAAAGCCGGCUAUCCUAAGGGAUUAUCCAGUGUCUAGCCCAGUGCUGUUGGAGCCCACCAAAGAGAAGCCAAGGAAGUCAAAGAAGAAGAAAGAUCACGCGGAAACUGGGACAUCAGCUGCAGAAAGUCCUUACUUAAAAGGUCUGGCAUCAGCAAAAGAUUGUAGCAGACCAAUGCUUGAUGUGAUUUCUCAGGAUGACACAUACAAAUCUGAACGAACAGCUGUGAUAAAGAACGCCAGUGUCUCGGAGCAGUUUGACACGUCCUGUUCCAGGGAUGAUGUUUCCAAACUAGCAUUCCACUCAUCUACGAGCUCCAGCAAGCAACCAUGCUCUGUCACAUCUGACCUGACAGCAACAAGCGGGUCACGUGUGAUCCCUCCAUCAACACUGUCUGUUUAUUCCAGUGUCGACAACAAGAACAUGACCACAGAGGACAAAAUGUAUGAUCAUCCACAUCCGGAUAAAGGAAAGAGUCCAGCUGAACUGACCAGCAGCAACUGUCAUUUGUCGAGCUCUUCGCCUAUCGCUUCGAGGAAUUCAUUUGAAAACAAACUUUAUGAUCUCAUCCCCCAUGACUUGAUCAAGAAAGAAUGCGUCCUCUCUGAGGAUGUUCCCAGACUGGAGCCAGUCAACGCAAAACAAUUCGAUACCAAAGACAGCAUUUCUCAGCUGGUGUCAAAGUCUUCAUCACUUGAGCCAGCUCCAAAAUCUCGUCCUCCUAGUCAGUCUAGUACGCCAGGCAUUCCACAACUAAGUUCAGCACCUUCCUCGUCGCCUUCAUUAACGGCAUCAUUGACAGUACCAUCUUCACUACAGUCAUCAUCGUCAGCAGCAGCAGCAGCAUUGCCCGUUUCUCUCGUCAGCUCUCUUCCAGCCGCAGGAACGCCGUUUCCUUACGCACCCUAUUACCCACACUUCAGACCUGUACAGAUGGAUACUAUGUACAGAGCUCUGAGCCCUCACAUCAUCGGCUACACCAAUGGUCCACACGGGUAUGUCCACCCAGGCCAACUCGGUUACCGGGUUCCCCUGGCUGAAACCGGCAAAAAAUCCCCGGAUUCAGUAGAACCCCAACGUGGAGAUGGUCCUGGGCUGGCUAACAACACGGGACUCAACCAUGCUCAUAAGGUUCAUGAACAACAAGAGAAGGGUCGGCCGAGUCCCGGAGUACAUUCAGCAGCUUCUAAUAACAAGUCUGGAGCCGGGGAUAAUAUUCAUUCAUCCACUUCAGCCAGUCCAGACCCAGCGGUAGAGAAAGUGAAGGACAAACAAAGGGAGUAUUCCAAUUCCCCACCCACACAACGACACGUUCACACACAUCACCACACACACGUCAUGAGCCUAUACACACCUGAUACUUACAGUAAGUUGAUGAAGUUCUAG